CCGCCUCCGCGCUCGUGGCCGGGACCCGCGGGGCCGCCUCCUCCGCGCUUCCCGGCGCCGCUGGGCUCCCGGGCGGGCGGCAGGUGCAGUGCGGCCGGGCGGCCGGCGAGGCGGGCGCCGCGGCGGCGGGUGGAUGAGAGUUGGCCCCGAUCUCCGCUCAGGGGAGCCUGACCGUCAUGUCGCGGUGAAGCAGCGGCGGGGCUCAGUCCUGAACAUGCUGAGGAGGCUGGACAGGAUCAGGUUCAGAGGUCACAAGAGAGACGACUUCCUCGACCUGGCGGAGUCCCCCAACGCCUCGGACACCGAGUGUGGGGAUGACGCCCCCCUGAAGGUGCCUCGGGCCUCGCCCCGGGACAGCGAGGAGCUGAGGGACCCUGCCGGCCCGGGGACCCUCAUCAUGGCUGCGGGGGUCCAGGACUUCAACCGGACAGAGUUCGAUCGGCUGAACGAGAUCAAAGGUCACCUGGAAAUCGCCUUACUGGAAAAACACUUCUUACAGGAGGAGCUCAGGAAGCUGCGAGAGGAGACCAACGCCGAGACGCUGCGGCAGGAGCUGGACCGGGAGCGGCAGCGGCGGAUCGAGCUGGAGCAGAAGGUCCAGGAGGUGCUGAAAGCCAGAGCCGAGGAGCAGACGGCCCCGCAGCCUCCGAAAAGCCAGGCCCAGCUCAGUAACGGCGCAGACCGGCGCAGCCAGGGGCUGUGCCCCCGCGUGCAGAAGUGGCUGUACGAGAAGUUCGGGGAGUACGUGGAGGACUUCCGGUUCCAGCCCGAGGAGAGCACCGUGGAGACGGAGGAGCCCCUCAGCGCCCGAAGGUUAACCGAGAACAUGCGGCGACUCAAGCGCGGCGCCAAGCCUGUCACCAGCUUCGUGAAGAACCUCUCUGCCUUAUCCGACUGGUACUCUGUCUACACGUCCGCCAUCGCCUUCACCGUCUACAUGAACGCCGUGUGGCAUGGCUGGGCGCUGCCCAUGUUCCUGUUCCUGGCCAUUUUGAGGUUGUCCCUCAACUACCUCAUAGCCAGGGGCUGGAGGAUUCAGUGGAGCAUCGUGCCGGAAGUGUCCGAAGUGGUGGAGCCCCCGAAGGAGGACCUGACCGUGUCCGAGAAGUUCCAGCUGGUACUGGACGUCGCCCAGAAGGCCCAGAACCUCUUCGGCAAGAUGGCCGACAUCCUGGAGAAGAUCAAGAACCUGUUCAUGUGGGUGCAGCCGGAGAUCACGCAGAAGCUGUACGUGGGGCUGUGGGCCGCCUUCCUGGCCUCCUGCUUCUUCCCCUACCGCCUGCUGGGGCUGGCCAUGGGACUCUACGCCGGGAUCAAGUUUUUCCUCAUCGACUUCAUCUUCAAACGCUGCCCCAGGCUGCGAGCCAAGUAUGACACCCCCUACAUCAUCUGGAAGAGCCUGCCCACCGACCCCCAGCUCAAGGAGCGCGCCAGCGCCGCCGCCGUGCCCCGCAGGCUGCAGACGACGGCCUCUCGCAGCUGUGUGUCCAGCGCGCCCGCCGGCCUGAGCAGGGACGACGACGCCGGCCGCUUCCACGGCGCCAAGAAGGGCAGUUUCCACGAGAUCUUCAACCUGACGGAGAACGAGCGGCCGCUGGCAGUGUGCGAGAGCGGCUGGCGCUGCUGCCUCAUCAACCGGGACCGCAAGAUGCCCACGGACUACAUCCGCAACGGCGUGCUGUACGUGACGGAGAACUACCUGUGCUUCGAGAGCUCCAAGUCCGGCUCCUCCAAGAGGAACAAAGUCAUCCGGCUGGCGGACAUCACGGACAUCCAGAAGUACAAGGUCCUGUCUGUCCUCCCGGGGUCAGGCAUGGGGAUCGCCGUGUCGACGCCUUCCACCCAGAAACCGCUGGUGUUCGGCGCCAUGGUGCACAGGGACGAGGCCUUCGAGACCAUCUUCAACCAGUACGUGAAAAUCACGGCAGCGGUGGCGGCAGCCAGCGGCGACAGCUAGGGCCGUCUCUCCGGGGGACACCGCAGGGCGUUCCCUCGGCCGUCUGGCGGUGGGGAGGGAGCCGGAUGUCCUCUCGACCUUUGCAAUAAUGCCCCUUGGCCCGGGGUCCUGUCGGGCCGACCUGCGUGUCCAGGCCCCUCGCGCAGGGUUUGGGUCGCACGGCCGGUGCUGGCCCAUCUGCGGGUGAGGCACAUCCCGGACUGUGGGCGCAGGGCAGGGGGUCCUCGGGGGUCCCCCGGAGAGGAUGACACGCAGGACGCACGCUGUCCCGACCACAGCCCCCAAGCACGGCGGCGGCUCCUGUCCCCGGCCGCGCAGCCCGGCUCCCUGGAGGCCAGCCGCUGCCCCGCACCGAAGCCGCAGCUGCAGGGCGUCACGGGCGAAGGACAGCAGCCCCGUCACCAGCCUCCAUAGGUGGCCAGCAGGACUCACUCUUCCGUCAGCGGGGCGCCUGCUGCGUGUCCUUGGAGUGCCCUCUGGCCUCAGGCCGGGGGUGGGCUCACGGUCCAUCCGGGCCACCUGCCGGUGGGGCCUGACGAGCCGGCUCGGGGGUCUGUCACCAGCAUCUGAUGCCAGUGCAGAGUGGCACGCGGCCAGAGCAGUUGGUGAUGCUUCGCUCUCCGGAAGGGCCCAGGAUCGCGUUUGCCCGGCCUUGGGGGUCUCCCCAGUGGAAGUCCCUGCAGCGAGGCCACCACUGGCCUCGGGGCUCAGCUGCCACCGUCGGUGAAGGGGGCUCCAGGGCUGGGGGUGGAGAUGGCCAGGAGCGUCCUGGGCCCCUGGGGGGUCCCUGCGGCUCAGGCCACUUGGGAGGACCCUGUGGGACAUGACCGUGAGCCGGGCCUAGAGCUGUGCCCCAGGCAGCUGGGCCCCCAGUGUGGGACAGUGUCCCUGGCCAUGUCCCCCCUCUGCCCACACGCCUGUGGGUGGGACCCAGCCUCGCCCCCCAGGCCCCCAGCCCACCUGCCCCCCCCCCCCCCCCCCCCCCCGCCCCGGAGGCCACUCUGGUGGAGGUGGCUGGGCUUGGUUUGUUCCGGGACGGCCCGAGAGCCAGCUCCAAGUCGCUACGGGCCUGCAGCUGCUGCAGAAACGCGGGGGUGGGUCGGUGUGCCCCCGGCACGGACCCUCUGGCCCCUCGGCUCGUCCUGAGUCCUCUGGGGGUCACUAGCUGGUGGUUUUUUGAAGAAACAGAUUAUAUUUUUUACAGAGAGCGAGCUGUUUUUCUUAUUUUUGUAUCAUUUUUCAUGUGUAGUUUUUACCUUUGCCCCAGUCCCAGUGUUCUGGUUUCGGGGAGAGCGGCGGCGUUGCUCUGGUCACCCCUGUUUACGGGAAAUGGGGGCGGGGCGGGGCAGGGGGCGCUGAGUAGCCACGCCCACCGUGCAGGAGCAGGCUCGCACCCCGCCCCAUCCGUGACGUCUGAGGGGACCGCAGAGCCACCCAGCUGUCGGGCACCCUGGCCUGACGUCCACGGGAUUCUUUGCAGGUCGGAAAUGAAGGCCGAGCCCACUCUCACCCUUGGCUUUGGCUCCCACAUCCACGCAGGUGGGCCGGCUCUCGCGGGAGGCCUCCAGUGCACCCAGGGGACGAGCCCCACAGGGAGCCCCCUUUAGUGCCCAGGGCAAGGCAUAGUGGGCCCUGAAGUGCCCCCAGGCACGGGCCGCAGUGGGGGGACUGGCCUCGGGGGGGCCCCUGUGUGUGUGCGUUAGCACGGCCGGGGUUGCGUCCCGAGCCCCGGGGGGUGGCGCUGUGGGUGUGUAGGACUCGUCGGCUUCGGCGGAGCGGGUGGUCCAGUUGGAGUCCCUUCCGAGUCGAAGGGGAGAUGAAAACUCACCACGCAACAGGGUGUGGCCGCCCGGCCCCGUGGGCGGAGGGGGGGCGGGGGCGCGGGAAGGGGUCCCCGCAUUGCACGCUGGGUCGGCGGCAGGAGGACCGGGACCCCUGCCGGUCCUGGGCCCCCGCUGGAGAGAGCCCGUCCUUCUGCUGAAUGGUGUCAAGCCUGGGCAGAUAUUUAAUUUCUAUGACUAACCACUGAGCUAGAGUGAAUGUUAAUUUUUGUACGUC